CGACACCACCGACAAUGAUCAAUUUCAUCGUAAAGAACAAGAUUCCAAUUUCCAGAUACAACACAUUGCUAAACAACCUCUAAAACAAAAAAGCAAAACAAACAUCAAGAGCAAAAUCUGCCGACUAUGAAUCCUUCUUCCUCUUUCUCGUCAAAUAGACGAAAGGUAAGUACAUGCAUCCCCUUUAUCUGCUCGAAGACUUGUAUGAUUAGUUGGCAAAGGCGAUGAUUUUUCCUCAACUAAUAACCCUCUACAUUUCAACCCACAAAAACUGAUUGUGUGAUUGAUUCAGACUAUUUCUGGCAACAAAACMGAUGCGACACGGAAGCGUAUCGAACGCAUGGAGGAGGAACGCGAAGAGCGUCGAAAGGAAAUGAUCCAAAGGAAACAAUAUCGUAAGGCAAAAUGUGAAAAGUUGCUAGCUGCAGGCAAUCCUGGAGAUGUUGACUUUAUCGGCAUGGUGGAGGAAUGGAGAGAAGAACAAGAUGAAAGACAUAAAAAGCGCAGCUCAAAAACCUCCCCACGCAACAGCAAUAUUAUCGUUGCCGUUCGAAAGCGACCCAUGUUUAAAAAGGAACGGGAGAAAUUGGAUCAUGAUAGUGUCAGUUGUUAUGACCCAAAAGUGUGGAUUCACUCAGCAAAAUUCAAAGUGGACGGCAUUACUAAAUAUUUGACCCACACGGGAUUUCAAUUUGACCAUGCCUUUGGGGAAGAAUCCACCACAGAUCAAAUUUAUUUGGCCACUACGAUGCCUCUAGUGGACCAUGUGGUCCGUACGCAAGGGAGAGCAACCGUCUUUUGUUAUGGUCAGACUGGUAUGUACAAGCAAUCAGGAAAACUUCGAAACUCGUUACCCAUCACAUUACCUGACCCCUGAAACUCUGAAUUUCAUUCAAUACCAACAGGAUCUGGAAAGACUCACACUAUGAACGGAAUACAGCAGAUUUUAGCUCAUGAUUUAUAUGAGGAAAUGAAAGAAAAGGGGGACAAUAUUGAASUACGGCUAGCAUUCUUUGAGCUCUACAGUGGAUUCAUUCAAGAUCUUUUGCACGAUAGAAAACGUUGCAAGCUUUUGGAAGAUGGAAAGGGCGAAGUGAAUAUUACAGGACUGCAGGAAGUUUGCGCGUCUACAGCAGAGGAAUUUUUGCGGGUGAUUGAAGAGGGUCACAGUCAACGAACUACUCGRUCUACGGAAGCCAAUGAUAGUUCAUCGCGUUCGCAUGCAAUUUGCCAGGUUUUCUUGCGUGAAAUCGGCACGGGAAAAUUGAAAGGAAAGUUGACGUUGGUCGAUCUUGCUGGGAGCGAACGGGGAAGCGAUACAAAAUGCCAUGACAGUAAACGYCGUUCAGAGUCUGCCGAAAUAAAUACAUCGCUUCUCAGUCUGAAAGAGUGCAUUCGUGCAUUGGGACAAAAAGGAGCUCACGUUCCUUAUCGUGGUUCCAAACUCACCCUUAUUCUUAAGGAUUGUUUCUCGCCCAAUUCAAAAACUACAAUGAUUGCAAUGGUUUCUCCCGGUGCGUCAUCCACAGACCAUUCAUUGAAUACAUUGAGAUACGCAGAUCGUAUUAAAGAGCAAAGGGUAAGCGUAUGAAAUGAUAUCUWGUGAUGAUUUGUGUUUACACCGUGUUUCCUGUCUCACCGUGAUCCAAAAAAAUAAUUUAAAAUUAUGCGAAGAUUUCAUCUUCUAGAAAAACCAUGGGUAGAGAAGGAUCGAAAGCCAACACUACGCCAUGUCUAGAACCAUCGAAUCAAAGACUAGCCCGUAUAACGGCGGCACUUAACUGGGAACGUGAUGCUUCGAGAGAUUCUGAACUCGUUUUUAGCGUUCCGGAUCGAUCGGAACAGGAAACCCAUGUUGAACAGAACCAUUUCUCGGAAAGUCUCGUCGAACAUGAUCAACCAAGAAAUGCUGAAAGAUUUUCGUUCAAAGUACCUUAUGAGGAAGAGAAGGAGACCGGAUUGAUCGAGACCGAAAAUAUUGAUGAAAUAGAUCUACUUUGUGACGAAGAGGCAGAGAUGCGUAGAACAGUCGAAGUUCUGUUCGAAUUAGAAGAAUCUCUCUUGGAUCAGCACAUAUCCAAYAUCAAGGUAAGUUGCGUUUUCAUAUCAGAUUUGUGUUUCAUCUUUAUCCCCUCUCACCAUUUGCUUGUUUGAUCCGAGUCUAGGGGAAUGCUGAAAUGUUGAGACACGAGGACAGUCUUCUUCAAGGUAUCGAACAAAUCGAUGACCCAACUGACGAUGAGAUGGACAACUAUGCCAUCCAACUUGCUGAGUUUUUGGAUCGCAAAGAAGAGUUAAUUUUGUCAUUGCAAUCAAAACUUGACGAGUACAAGAUGUAUUCAGCUAGAGAACGAGAACUCGCUGAGGAAAUGCAGAAUUUGACKYGUUAAAAUAUCGAGCAGCAAUUCUUUGAUCGGUCUUCUGCAAAAUUUUCUUCUUUGAAAGCCAAACGAGAUACAAUGCUAAAUGAUAGACUUAAUUCACA